AGGCGCAAUGUGUGAAAUUAAUUUACCUGAAAUGACCAGGUAUCUUAGUCUGAGUCGCUUGCUCAGUCAGUUUGCAUAAAACAAAACGAUUUCUAUUCUCUCAAACACAGCCUAUGCAGAAGCCGAAUUUCUAAAUAUUACGUUUGUCGAGCAUCUUUGCCAACAGUGCAGUGUUAAUCUUCUGUGAUACCUCCUCUCGGUAUUAGUAAACACGCCGGAGAAUGUAGCGAGGUAUGGAACUAAGAAGAAGGAGAGAAGACGUACCGCCUACGCAAUUGUUUUAAAUACAUUACUUCAGUGUGUAUAUAGUACAAAGGGAAAAGUAGCGUCUUUUCUAAUGAAACACAGCACUGCGUAUUCCUUCUACCUCGACAAAUACAUGAGCAGCCUGAACAAAACCAAGAAAAAGACAAAUCGCACGCCCAAGGACUUCAGAGAGGACUUAAGAAGCAAUGAGGAAAUGCAGUAUUUGGGCGUUUCUACCCGUUCUGUUCUCUCUGUUUACCACUGCAGGACUCUGGAUCGUGUAUUUCAUAGCUGUGGAGGAUGACAAAAUAAUUCCACUGAACUCAGAAUACAGAAAAGAAGGAUCUAAAGCGCCACCUUACAUAAGUGUUGCAGGUGAUGCUCCACCUGCAAGCUGUGUAUUCAGCCAAGUCAUGAACAUGGCCGGAUUUGUAGCAUUUGCAAUUGCUGGUCUCAGAUAUAUUCAGCUGAAGCCUAGAAUGCGCACACCAUGGCUAAACAUUGGCAGCCUGGUUGCUUUAAGCCUGGCAUGCUUUGGAAUGACCUUACUGGGCAAUUUUCAGCUUUCAAACGAUGAGGAGCUACACAACGUAGGGACUUCAAUGACUUUUGGGUUUGGGACCCUUGCGUGUUGGCUUCAGUCUGUCGUGACUCUCAAAGUCAACCUAAAGAACGAAGGGAGGACAGUCGGAAUUCCACGAGUCCUGCUUUCAGCUGCUAUCACUCUCAAUGUGCUUCUUUAUUUCAUCCUGAUGGCUCAGCGUUUGCACAUGCACGCUGCCCAGGUCCAGUGGGCUCUGGUGAUGUUCUUCAUCACUUUCCUGGGGUCCUUUGCAGUGGAAUUCCGACACUACAGGUUUGAAAUCGUGUGCACGGAUGACCAAGACAACAUUCUGAGUCUGUCUGAGACCUUCUCUGAGAUCUCAGAACACCAGUCUGACCAGCUGUAAUGGCUGAGCAGCAGCACCUGUGUCUUCUACCAGUUACCUUGUGUUUUUAUACGUGAUCGAGGAUCGGGGGCGUGCAAGGCUGUUUGAUUCAGGCAUGCAUGAAAGUAAAAAAAGUAAAAAAAAAAAUACUGAGACUUUCUUUUCCCUUCUUGAAUCUACAAGAGCUGGAAAGGAUGGAUGCAUACAUCAACAAUCCUUUUAAUCUGGCACUUUAACCAACCCAGAGUGAGAACCCGCAGUGUUUAACCCCAUCAAUAACACAUCAUUCUGUUCCUUGUUGCAAGGGAGGCUAAUGACAGGCGCCAGCAGAUGAUGUUAUGCAGUCCUAGUUUGUUGCCAUGGAAACCUCUUUGCAGCACCAACACUGUUCAGUCUCAAGACUGAUAAUGUAUGCUAACAUCACUGAAAUCAAAUAAAAAGGCUGAUAUUUGCAUGGCACAUGAUUAAAGCUAAAAAUAUCCCCAUCUUUUUUAAGGUCAGACAAUUUACACUAUCAGCAUGGUGUUUUUAAAAACAAGUUAUAUGUGUUUUAUAAAAUUAUGAAAAUGAGGUGCCCCCUGAGACUGAACCCAUAUUAUCAGCUGAUGAGUGCAACCGUAUACGUUAGAAAAUGUCCUUUCCCAGAAUCGCUUAAUGCAAUGAAACUACUACUGUACUAGAGGCAACAUACAUCAUUAAAAGCUUAAACCCUCAGGAUACAUUUUAGACUUGUCUAAACCUGUUGCUUUUACCUAUAAUUUAGAAAUAACUACAUGAAGUGUCCUAAUUAAUGUAAUAAAAAGGAUGGAAAAUGCUAGCACUUUGAACCCUGUCCAGGCUACCCUGGCCACAAUGAUGCACUACACUGCUGAACUGUCAAACAGCUGUUCAUGCAUUAAGGUUAAUGAUUUUAAAACUUUCUAUCUAGCAGUUGGUUUCUAAAAGCCUAAAGUACAUGAGCUGAAAGAGUUUUGGUAGAAGGACCCAAGUGAGUGAAAUGCUUGUUGAAAAACAUUCCAGUGACUUGUCUAAAAUAAUAUCGGCAACACGCUGCACUUCCUAAAUGUGUUUAUUCAAGUUUCACUCUCUUGGAUGAACAGCAAGUUAACAUGGUGGUUACAGCAUGUAUUGUUGUUACACACUAAUUAAAUCCUUUUAUCUAACCUUGUGGGAGCAAUUCAAAAUCAAAUUCUUACUUACUGUGGAGACCUAGGGACUAGAGAGGAGAACAGAAAGGCAGGGUACUGACAAAGCCAAACCUUACAUUCUGAGAUUUAAAGAUGGUACGGCUGCAAAACUUUUUAUAAACAUGUAUUUCUUUUUUUUUUAAUUCAUCACAGCAUUUUUUGGUUUGCAAAUUAAUGACAAGGACCACAACACUCCUUAACAAUCUUAAUAAAAUCCUUAACUAAAUCACAUUGACAAAUGUUUCGACUAAUGUCUUUACCAGGGUUUCUUAUGGUUUUAUCUCAAUAUAAAAAGUGAGAUUAAACUUUCCUUGUAGAAAUAUGUUAAUUGCGUGAGAAUUGUGUGGCACUUUUUAUCCAGACCAGAAAAGUGGGCUACUAUAUUUAUGACCAAUCCUAGCGCUUGAAGAAAAGCUUUUAUGCCAUGCACAGCUGUAUCCAAAAAGAGAACGGGAAGGGGGGAUUUCUGUUUUUUUUAAUCUUAUACUGUGUAUGAUGUAAAAUCUUUUCUUACUGCAAACAAGUUCAGUGUAUGACUAUUAAAGAACACAAACACACACAUGGGUUAAUAUUAAAUAUAUUGUAAUAUACAUAUUCAUGCCAUGAUAAAAUAUAUUCUCAUCAUGCAUGUUAUUUCUUGUGUAAAAUGCUGUUUGCAUUGUUAUGGAUGUGGAUGUAAUUGAAUUAAAGUCAGUAUUAAAUGAAA